UGUCUAUAGCUCAGUUCAUUCUGAUCCUGCUCUCGGAGAGAGGGAACUUUAAGGAUAUGAUUCUUCCACUUCCCUUGCUGGCACCCAGACAGUAAGCAAAGGAGAGACUGGAGCUGCACCCAUUGAAGUAUCCUAGGGUGAGGGUGAAAGUGGCAAGGGACCAUGAGACGGAGGCUUCUGUUUUCGCUGCUCGUAUUGCUAGAGCUCAUCGGCACCAGUGAUUCUGCGGCCUGCAAUGGAUGUGGAACUAGCAAAUGUGACUGCAGUGGAGCAAAAGGACAAAAAGGUGAGCGAGGUCUGCCUGGUUUAUCUGGAUUAAUGGGCUUUCCUGGACUCCAAGGGCCAGAAGGGCCACAGGGACCAAUAGGUCAGAAGGGUGACACAGGAGAACCAGGUCUUCCCGGCACAAAAGGAACCAGAGGUCCACCUGGUUCUCAUGGAUUUCCAGGAAAUCCAGGUCUUCCUGGCAUACCUGGGCAGGAUGGCUCACCAGGCCCACCUGGGAUUCCAGGGUGUAAUGGCACAAAGGGUGAAAGAGGACCUGUCGGACCACAUGGGCUUCCUGGAAUAAUUGGGUAUCCUGGAUCACCUGGGCAACCAGGACCAAAAGGAGAACCUGGAGAUAUUACUGGAAUUGAUGUAUCAAUGGUAAAAGGAGAAAAGGGUUUUCCUGGAAUUAACGGAUUACCGGGUACACCUGGAUUGCCAGGUACACCAGGCGUUGUUGGACCAAUUGGGCCACCAGGCCCUGCAGGACCUCCAGGUUCACCUGGUACUCCAGGACAAAAGGGUGAAAUGGGAAUAAGUUUUUAUGGACCAAAAGGGGAAAAGGGUGAUCGGGGACCUGUAGGUGCUCCUUGCAAGUCUACAACUGAACCUCAAGGCAGGGAAAAAGAUGAUCAAAUAUAUUAUGGAGAAAAGGGAGAAAAUGGAAUGCCUGGUGAAAAGGGUGAACGUGGACAAUCAGGACAAAGCUUUAAGGGUGAAAAAGGAGAGCCCGGGCCAGCAGGGCCCCGAGGAAAACCUGGGAAAGAUGGUGACCAAGGUGAAAAGGGAGUUCAAGGAGUUCCAGGUAUUCCAGGAUUUUCAGGUCCUCCAGGAUUGGAUGGAGCAGAAGGAGACAAGGGUGAAAUUGGACCACAGGGGCCUCCAGGAAUUGUAAUUACAGAUGACGAUACAGCAGUAUGUGAAAAAGGAGAUCGUGGACUACCUGGUUUUCCUGGACAAAAAGGAGAAAGGGGUCUUAAAGGUGCUCAGGGAGUGCCAGGCUUACAAGGAUCUCCAGGGCUUCCUGUUGCUGGAUCUACUGGGCUACCAGGUUUUCCUGGUGAGAGAGGUGAAAAGGGAGAACAUGGAUUGCCAGGGUUAGCUCUUCAAGGGCCAAAAGGCAAAGAUGGGUUGCCUGGUCCUCCUGGAUUACCUGGUUUACCAGGUGAAAUAGAUACAAGCCUAGAAUGUGUAACUGGGCAGCCGGGAGAGCCUGGAUUACCUGGAAAUCCUGGACAAAAUGGAUUCCAAGGGGAGAGAGGGCAGAAAGGUGAUAAAGGUGACGCAUGUCCUUCAUGCGAUUUAGUUCCACCAGGACUUCCUGGACCACCAGGUCCUCAAGGACCUCCUGGAGAUCAAGGUGCUCCUGGUGUACUAGGAAUCAAAGGAGAUAGAGGUCAACCAGGCUAUGAUGGGUUACCAGGAGUGCCGGGACCUCAAGGUAGUCCAGGUUUAAUGGGAAGCCCUGGUGCAAAAGGAGAACCUGGGGAGGUAUACUUUGAGCCAAGGCUAAAAGGGGAUAAAGGAGAUGUAGGAAUACCUGGACAGCCUGGAACACCUGGAAGAGAGGGAAGACCGGGCAGUGAUGGACAACAAGGACUGCCUGGUCCAAAAGGUGUAUCGGGAACAAUAGGUGCAAAAGGUGAAGAAGGACUUCCUGGUGACAAAGGAUCUCCUGGAAACCCUGGGGAACGUGGCUUUCCAGGACCAGCUGGCAUAGGGCCUUCUGGACCACCAGGUGAAAAAGGAGAACCUGGCGUUCCUGGAUUUGUAGGCAUACCUGGUGUACCUGGUGCUAAAGGUGAACCUGGAAAGGCUAUUAUUAAAACUGGGCUACCAGGACCAAUGGGAAGUGCAGGAGUUCCAGGCCUUCCAGGAGAUCAAGGUGAAAAAGGAUCUUCAGGACCUCCUGGAAGACCAGGACCCCAGGGGGAGAAAGGCGAAGUUGGCUUACAUGGUGUAGGAUAUCCUGGGCCUCCUGGUGAAAAAGGUUUUCAAGGAAUGCCAGGUACACCUGGUCAAGCUGGUUUUCCCGGUCCACAGGGACUUGAUGGAUUACCUGGUUCAAAAGGGGAACAAGGAAAAAAAGGUGAACCAGGUUUGGGGCUUCCAGGCCUAAAAGGAUUCCAAGGACCACCUGGACCUGCUGGAAUUCCUGGAGAGAAAGGAAAUCAUGGAUCACCUGGUGUGCCAGGGGAACAGGGAUUUUCAGGUGUUCCAGGCCAUCCGGGGAGCAAAGGUGAGCCUGGUAUUGUGGGCGUUCCAGGAAUUCAAGGACCUCCAGGUGUACCUGGAAUUGGAUCUAAGGGGCAACAAGGACUUUUGGGACCACAAGGUUCUCCAGGUUAUCCAGGACCUGCAGGAGUUAAAGGAGAACGUGGCUAUGCUGGUUUCCCAGGAUUAGAUAUGCCAGGACCAAAGGGAGACAAAGGAAAUGCAGGAUUACCAGGACCUACAGGUGUACCAGGAAUUCCCGGCCAGCCAGGUGGACCAGGGAAAGAGGGCCUUCCAGGUUUUCCAGGACCAAAGGGAGAAAUGGGUGUCAUGGGAACACCAGGAAACAUUGGACCACCAGGAGCCCCAGGCAGUCCGGGACCAUUAGGUGAAAAAGGUGACCCUGGUCCUGUUGGGCCUCCUGGCACAGAUGGAUAUCCUGGGACAAAAGGAGAAAAAGGUGAAUUAGGAUUGCGUGGUGAACCUGGUAAAAUAUCAGAAACUGACAAGGAUACUAUGAAGGGUAGCAAGGGAGAUCAAGGAGAAAGAGGUGAGAUUGGCAUCUUGGGAGAAAAAGGAACUACUGGAGAAUCUGGCAGCCCAGGAAUGCCUGGAAAAGAUGGACUGAAAGGAGUACCAGGAGAGUCAGGACCUAAAGGAGAAAAGGGUACACAAGGAAUACAAGGAACCCCAGGAUUUCCAGGACAAAAGGGGGCUAUAGGAGGGAUGGGUUUGCCAGGGCCUACUGGAGAAAAAGGUCAACAUGGACUAACAGGAUCACCAGGAAGCCCUGGUUUGGAAGGAAUAAAGGGAGAAAAAGGAGUAAAGGGUGAAGUGGGUCUUCCAGGUAUCGGCAUUCCAGGGGUGCCUGGCGUUAAGGGUGAAGCUGGAAGAGAUGGCCCUCAUGGGUUACCAGGGGAAAGGGGUGAAAAAGGUGAUGUUGGUAUUCCAGGAAUGCCAGGAUUUCCAGGUUCCAAAGGAGCUACAGGCCAAGUAGGCAUACCAGGUAACCCAGGACUUCCAGGAGAAAAGGGUGCCAAAGGGACCUCUGGGUUGGGGGGCACUCCAGGCCUAAAAGGACAAUCAGGUGAUCCAGGUGUUCAAGGUCCUCCUGGCCAUUCUGGAGAGAAAGGUGAACCUGGUUAUGAUGGAAUUCCAGGCUCACCUGGUGAAAAGGGAGAGACAGGCAUACCUGGUAGGGGACUACCAGGAUUUCCAGGAGAACAGGGAGAAAAAGGUUCCAAAGGUGACAUUGGUUUACCCGGUGCACCUGGAAUUCCUGGUGUCCCAGGUAUAAAAGGUGAUCAAGGAUUACCUGGUAUUCAGGGCCCUCAAGGGACACCGGGGUUUCGUGGACUUCCAGGAGUACCAAUGGAAGGACCCAAAGGUGACAGAGGACAGCCAGGUCAAGUAGGAUUUCAAGGUUCUCCAGGCCCUGUAGGACUUCCCGGCCUUCCUGGAGAGGAUGGUAUGAAAGGUGAAAAAGGAGAAAGAGGAUGGCCUGGAGCACCUGGUUUUCAAGGGUUUAAAGGGGACCUUGGAAUGCAAGGACCACCAGGAGAUGCAGGUGAUCCAGGUAUAACUGGUCAAAAGGGCGAUACAGGACCUUCAGGACUUCCAGGACUUCCAGGUGUGAAAGGUUCUAUAGGUAUAUCUGGUGAAAAGGGUGAUUCUGGUGACAGAGGGAUACCAGGACCUAAAGGUGAUUCGGGUCCUCCUGGACCUGCUGGUACACACAUGGUCACUAAAGGAGAACCCGGAGGUCCAGGACCACAAGGUCCUUCUGGUCCUAGAGGAAUUCAGGGAUUGCCUGGUCCAAAAGGGGAAAAAGGUUUGUCUGGUGUUUCUGGGCUGCCUGGACCAAGUGGUACACCGGGAAUAUAUGGCACCCCAGGUCAAAAAGGAGAGACUGGUCCAAGUGGUCCAGCAGGUCCAAGAGGAUACCCUGGCCCCCCAGGCAGUGAUGGCUUGCCUGGACCUAUAGGCUUGCCUGGACUACCUUCUAUGGCUCAUGGUUUUCUUGUUACGAGGCACAGUCAGACAAGUGAAAUUCCACCAUGUCCUUUUGGAACAACUGCUGUUUAUAGUGGAUAUUCACUGCUCUAUGUGCAAGGCAACGAAAGAGCACAUGGUCAGGACUUGGGGGCUUCUGGGAGUUGUCUUCGUAAAUUUAGCACAAUGCCUUUCCUCUUCUGCAAUAUAAAUAAUGUCUGCAACUUUGCUUCAAGGAAUGACUAUUCCUAUUGGCUUUCCACUCCAGAACCAAUGCCAAUGAGCAUGGCUCCAAUCACAGGGGACAGUAUUAAAUCUUUCAUCAGCAGGUGCACUGUGUGUGAGGUUCCUGCCACGGUAAUGGCUUUUCAUAGUCAAACAAUUCAGAUACCUCAGUGCCCUGAUGGAUGGAUUUCACUAUGGAUUGGGUAUUCUUUUGUAAUGCAAACGAGUGCUGGUGCUGAAGGCUCAGGGCAAGCUCUGGCAUCCCCAGGAUCCUGUCUAGAAGAGUUCAGGAGUGUACCAUUUAUUGAGUGCCAUGGGCGUGGAACCUGUAACUACUAUGCCAAUACCUACAGCUUUUGGCUUGCAACAAUAGAGGGGAAUGAGAUGUUUAAAAAACCAACUCCUUCAACGCUAAAGGCUGGAGAUCUACGCACAAACGUCAGCCGCUGCCAAGUUUGCAUGAGAAGGUCAUAAUAAUGUUUCCCACAUCCCCUCAAAGAUAUGGUGCUAUUGUUUAAGAUGAAAAAGUCUACAAGUAUUAUAUACCUGUACCUCACUAUUGUACAAUACAAAAGCAAGUAAAGUGCAUUUUAAGAACUCUCCUAAUUAAGUCUGUUUUACCGAUUUUUGUCUGCCUCAAGAAAGAAAAAAUCUCAAGACAAGCUCUGUUUAUGACAUGCAAAAUGGCACUUUUAAAACAUAAUAUUACAUACAUAAUAUAAUGUAAAGCAAUGAGGAAAAAGAGCAAUAGCUGAGUUAUGUAAUAUGGUGCUAGCCUAGGAGAUCCGCAGUACUUUUAUGCUGUGUGAAACCUCUUUAUUGUAUUAUAACAUCAGGUUUUUUUUGUUCAGAAAUAUAAAUAUUGCUUUAUCUAAGCUUUUCCUGACUGUAUAAAGUAAAACUUUGAUGUGUGAUUUUAUAGCCGGAAAUGGGACCAUUGGGAAAUGUUUUCUACGCAUAUUUAAAUCAAAAACAAAAACUCACAUAUAAAAGGAAAAAACAACAACAAAUAUCACUAUUGUAAAUAGUAUGCUUGUUAAAAUGACACUUUGAGCUUCAGUACACAGAAAUAUUUAGCAGAUGAUUCCGUAAGAAAAAUGAAAUAGAUAUAAAUUUUCUAAUGAAAAAUAUAAAAAUAUGAAUUCAUAAAGGAGAUAAAAUGCUAUAAUAUAAUAACACAUAGUAACACACAAUAUAAUAACAUACAUUCUUGUAACCUAUAGUAGUCCUUCAAAUUCAUUGGGGGAUGUACAUUAAAAUGACACCUCUUAUUGUUUAUUGACAUAGUUGUAAUAUGUUAAGCACGUCGUUCUGAUCCGAGUGUGUCAGAUUCACUACAGAGGGCACAAUGUUCUCCUAUGAAGAAAGGAAUCCAAAGGAAUCUUCGACUAAAUCUGAAGUGGUUAUGACAUCACAAGUGUGCUUAUACACAGUGACACCACAGCUGCUUUGUAUAUUCAGGUGGGGAUCUCUGUAUUGUCCCCUGGAGGCUUUUCCAUCAUUUGUUAUAUAAAUUAUGAUAUUUAUGAUAAAUUGUGCUUUGAUACAAUUGAGAAGAUGGAUUGAGCCCAUUACUUUUCAUGCAAAGCAUUUCUGUAUUCUGUUUGCUGGCAACUGAUAUUCUAAAACAUAACUUAUGGCUUGAUAGAAUGCACUUUGGAAAAGACUUCCAAAGUGAAAUAAUAAUAAAUACUACUGAUAGGGAGAAUACAUUUCAGGUAAUUGUAAUUAGAUCCCAAUGUCAUUUUUUUCAGCUAGACUUGAUAUAAUUCAACAAAUGUCAAAAAAUACUUGGUUGACUAUACCUGUCCAAAUGUCACCAAAUGAUAUGUCUAUUGGCCACAACCAACCAUACUGGAGAUUCAACAACUGAGAUAAUCACAUUUCCCAUUUAAAAUGUCACACACAAAAAAAGAUGUCUAUAGAGCCCUUGCUUAAGGCCUAUUUUUAGGAUGUUUUCCAGUGGAUGGCACAGAUAGGAAAAAAAGCCUUGUGUGCCAGAAGCAUUAUACUAGAAUUUCCUAUACAUCACGUGAGUAUUUAGCACAGUAUUUAUUACAUGCAUGUUGCAGGGAUUACAACAUUUUAUACACAAAGAUCAAAGAAAGGACAGCAUUCUUAAAGAGAUACUGACAUCAGAAAAUAACUUUUUAUUAUCUAUCAUAACAUUGUCUUUGAAUGCUAUUUAUAA